AUGUUGGAAUGGAUGAUAGCGACUUCGUAUGCGGCUGGUGAUAAGUUUUAUAUUGAUCCGGCGAAGCUUUUGCCUCUGGCGCUCUUUAUUCCGCAGCCCAAGCAUGUUUUGGGAGCAGCAGGUGGAAGAGAUGGCGGACGUGGGGGUGGUAGAGGUGGUGGCCGUGGUGGAGGUUCUUUCCGUGGUAGAGGUGCUCCAAGAGGUGGCAGAGGUGGUGGUUUUCAUGGUGGUGGUGGACGUGGCGGUGGUUUUGGUAGGGGCCGAGGGAGAUCAUAG